CGAUGGCCAUCUCUUUCAGAGCCUCGUCGUAGUUGACCUGCAGACAGUCUAAGCCCUGCGUCCUGCCCUCCACGCCGCACACUGAGAUCAGCACACGGUCGCAGUCCGGAAUUGUGAAAAAUGGAAGACAGUAACACAGACACAGAAAAAGAAGAUGAAGAGGAGAAGGAUAAAAAGGAUCAAGAGCCCAUUUAUACCAUAGCACCCACAAUUAACAUUCAAGAUGAGCGGUUUGUUAAUUUGUCUGACACUCCAGCUUUCAUUUUUCUGCACGAGUUGCACGCUAUGGGGAAAAUUCCUGGAACCAGAAUGGCAGAGUUAAAAGCCAAGUAUACCUUGCUGCAUGAUACCGUGAUGAGCACACAGGAGUCCGAGGUCCAGCUGCUACAGAAUGCCAAACGUUUCACUAAGCAAAUACAAGAGCAGCGAAUUCACCUGCAGCAAGCUGAUAAAUUUCCAGAAGCAUUCUCCACAGAGGUCUCCAAAAUGAGAGAACAACUCCUCAAGUAUCAAAACGAAUACAAUGCAGUGAAAGAAAGAGAGUACCACAACCAGUACAGACUGAAUAGCUUAAUGGAAGAAAAAACCCUCAUGGUAAAAGAAUUCGAGAAGAUACCUAAGCCAGGAGAAAUGGAGAAGAAGAUGAAGAUAGUGAAAGAAAGCACUGAAGAAUUGCGUAAGGAAGUACUACAGAAGAAAUUAGAGAUUAAAAAUUUACGGGAAGAUUUGUCAUCUAAACAGAAGCAAUUAUUAAAGGAACAGAAGGAGCUAGAAGAUUUGAUGGAAUAUCAGGUCACCCUAAAGGAUGAAGUGGCGUACCAUCAAACUGUUCCUGUACAAAUUGGAAAAGAGAUAGAGAAAAUGACACGCAAAAAAGUAGAAAUGGAAAAGAAAAAAAUUAUCUUGGAACUUGAAUUAAAAGACCUAAAUGAGUCCCUAAAGAAAGUUGAAACCAAAAUCAGCACUGUAAUGGAGGAAAAAGAGGAUGUAAUAAAGGAAGUUGAAGGCAAACGAGCCUUACUUGAAAUCAAAGAACGGGAAUAUAGCCAAUUGGUCAAGCUAUUGGAAUUAACCAGAGAGAACGAAGUAGCUUCACUAAGUGAAAGAGGAAUCUUGGAUCUCAAUUUACGAAACAGUAUCAUUGACAAACAGAACUACCAUGAUGAACUUUCUCGUAAGCAAAGAGAGAAAGAACGAGAUAUUCGAAAUUUAAAAAAGGUGGAACUACUCUUAAAAGUGUCCUGUGAUGCACUCACUCAAACUCAAGCAAUGCAUCAAUGGCUUCUGUUAGAGAUCGAUGCUAUCCCUAAAGAUGAUACUACAUUAUCUGAGAGAAGGAGAGAGCUCCACAAGGAAGUUGAAGUAGCCAAGAGGAAUUUAGCCCAACAGAAAAUUCUAUCAGAAGUAGAAUCUAAGUUAGUAGAACAACAACUUGCAGAAGAAAACAGGCUUUUAAAGGAACAAGAACGCAUGAAAGAACUGGUGUUCAACCUUAUUCGUAUGACCCAACUCAAGAUUGAUGAAAGGGAGCAGAAGUCCAAGGAUUACCUGAAAGCUCAGCAUAAAUAUAACAGCAUUAUUAAGGAAAUGAAAACAAAGAAUCUUGAAAUCAGUAUACACCGAAAGAAAAAACGAGAAAUUCAUCGUAGACUCAGAGAGUUUGCUACACUAUAUGACACUAUUCGAAAUGAAAGAAACAAAUUUGUUAACUUACUUCACAAAGCUCACCAGAAAGUAAAUGAAAUAAGAGAACGUCAUAAAAUGUCAUUAAAUGAACUUGAAAUUUUAAGAAAUAGUGCAGUUAUUCAAGAAAGAAAGCUACAAAAUUUCAUGCUGAAACAUGCCAACAAUGUUACCAUCAGAGAGAGCAUGCAAAAUGAUGUGUGCAAAAUUGUAGCAACCCUUCAGGAAAUGAAAGAGAGGAAGGAGACACAGCUGAGUAACAUUGACAGACUAGCCAACACGAUCACACUGAUUGAAGAGGAGAUGGUGCGGCUUCGCAAAAAAUACGAAAAAGCCGUUCAACGUCGAAAUGAAAGUGGUGUGCAACUGAUAGAGAGGGAGGAAGAAGUGUGCAUUUUUUAUGAAAAAAUAAAUAUCCAAGAGAAGAUGAAACUAAAUGGGGAAAUUGAGUUACAUGUCCUGGAGGAAAAAAUCCGAUUCCUGAAGCUGAAGAUUUCUGAGAAACAAAGACAGAUUCAUGUGACCCAGAAAUUACUGCCUGCCAAGAGGUCCCUGGACGCGGACCUAGCCUUGAUCCAGAUUCAGUUUUCACAGUGCACAGACAGAAUAAGAGAACUGGAGAAAAUGUUUAUAAAUCCUGAGGGUAAGAACAGAACUCGCUUCCUUCAAGGGAAAGAUCUGACUCAAAAAGAGAUGAUCAAAAAAUUAGACAAGCUGGAACUACAGCUGGCCAAGAAGGAGGAGAAGUUACUGGAGAAGGAUUUCAUCUAUGAACAGGUCUCCCGGCUCACAGACAGGCUCUGUAGCAAAACUCAGGCCUGCAAGCAGGACACGCUGUUCUUAGCCAAGAAGAUGAAUGGCUAUCAGAGAAGGAUCAAAGAUGCUACUGAAAAAAUAAUGGCUCUUGUUGCUGAGCUGUCCAUGAAACAAGCCUUGACCAUUGAACUCCAGAAGGAGGUCAAAGAGAAAGAAGAAUUCAUCUUCUCUUGCAGUUCCAGGAUGGAAAAGGGUCUGCCACUCAAUAAGGAGAUUGAGGAAGAAUGGUUGAAGGUACUUCGAGAUGAAGAAAUGUAUGCCUUGGCCAUCAGUGAGAAGACUCAGGAGUACUUUGAAGCAGACGGUCACCAGUUGCCCAAUGGAGUUUUCACAACUGCAGAGCAGCGUCCAAAUGCCUACAUCCCAGAAGCAGACGCCACUCUUCCUUUACCAAAACCAUAUGGCGCUUUGGCUCCUUUUAAGCCCAAUGAACCUGGAGCUAAUAUGAGGCACAUAAGGAAACCCAUUAUAAAGCCAAUUGAAAUCUGAAUGUGUAAACCAGUUCAGGCCUCUCAAGGAGAGGACUUCACCCAGGCUUCCUUAUACCAAUAGCUGGAAAAUGUGAACAUAAUAGUUGUAAAAUUACAGAUGAAUAAGGUAACCACAAUUCAUCAACAACAGAGGUAGAACAUGGUUUCAGUUUACUCUCACCAACUAUAUUUUACAUAACGUUCAGGACAUAAAAUCGACUUACAAUUAUGUCAAAGAAUAUAUUUGCCUUGCUUAUUUCUUUUUUACUCUUUAUAUGUCUACAUUUCAGAAAUAUGUAGUUGGCAAGAUGCUAUAAAAAUGCACCAA